CCCGCGGACCCGCACACACAGAUACAGAUAGCGAUGGGGAUGCGCGGAGACACCGCUCCGUGCGGGCCGCGCACCCGCACACACAGAUACAGAUAGCGAUGGGGAUGCGCGGAGACACCGCUCCGUGCGGGGCUCAGCUACUCGCCCCGCCCGGUGCCCCCGAGACGGCGCCCAGGGCUCCGCGGCUCGGUGCCCCGCCACUCUCGGGCUCCGAGUGACAAGGAAUGUCUCUCGUUGCAGGACCGAGACCGGGAACGCCUCAAUGCAGCGUUUGCUUCGAUUGUGAAUUUGAUGAGAGGAGUCUCAGAGGAAUGCGAGAAGUGCUAUGGGUCUAUGGCAGCCAACAAGUGCAAAGAGAAUGAAAUCAAACACUUGUGCAAAUACCAUGGCAAGUCAGUAGAAAGAAAGAUGGAUUCCAUAGAAGAAGAGGGGACUGAAGGUCCUGUAGAAGCCAGGCAAGCUCAAGCUUGCCAGCAAAGGCCCAGAAGACCUUCCAAAGAUUUCUACAUUGAAGUUUCUCCUGGUAUCUAUUCUGUCACGGCAAUCUCAGAAGAUAUGGUGGAACACACCUACGUAGUAGAUGUCAGUGCAGGACAAAGUGUUGAUUUAACUUUUGUUCUGUGAUGUUUCUUGUUUCCUGGCAAUAGCAGGAAUAAAACAUGAGGCUCUUUUUAAUGUGUGUAAUGAGCUAUAAAUAUCUUUUCUUGUUAGCACUUUAAUAGUAGCUUCCUCUUUGGGGCUCCAUUUUUAUAGCCUGUAUAUUUGUUUUCUAGUUAAUGCAAUUAUAUGCAGCCCACUUUGUACAUUGAUUUUUAUAUAUAUUUGUACAUUGUGUGCCUUUUAAAUCCAAUUAUGUGACUGUGUAAUUCUAGAUUCUUCUGCUCUAAGCAAUUAAAGAUACAAUCAGUGGAAUAAAAUAUAUGAUCAAGCCU